CGGCAGGAAUUUGACUGCAAAGUGCAAACAAAUAAAAAAGGUCACUGGCAUAAAAGAGUGGCAUUGAACAAAGGGCAGUACAGAGCCAGUGUGUGAAGCACUGCACUCUCCAAGUCACUCAAACAUGCAUAUUUAUAAUUAUAAAACCAGCCUCCCAUAUAAUGCAACCCAAUGAAAAAAGAAUACAAGAAGUAACAGAGUAACACUGUUACUUCUCAGCUAACAUUGGAAAGUUGCUUUUUUACAAUAGGUAAUAAAAAACUCACAAUAUAGCACGGUUAAUGCUGGGGUGUGGCUCAACAUAGUUAUUUACCAAUACGGCAGUGCUUACGUCAAACAGGUGAUCCCGCCUUCUUUUUCAUCUGAUUUGGAUGCAUCAAUUGUCUUCUAUACAUAAUGCGCAAAAUCUGCUGCAAGACUCAUCAGGCCUGGUACCUGGGAAAAUACAAUUCUUACCACUUUCAUAGAACUACAUUUAACUUUUCGAACAAAAGUUGACCAAUUUAAAAAUAAAUACUGCUUUAAAGGGAACGGAACUAGCUUAUAGUCAUUUUAAAAUGAGUUCCUCGUUUACUCCCCUCAUUAAGAAGUGCAAAAGAACACUUUUUAAUAUACUAUUAACAUUAUGGGGUUAGUGUUAACUUUACAAACUUUGAAUGUGAGGAUUUUGAUCAGAAUACAAAUAUUAAACAAAUAGUUUUGCGUUUGUUGCCUGUAGCAGCAGGGGAAAUGUUACAGCUCUACAUUAUAUGCGCAAAUGUUGGGUUCGUCUUUAUUUGUCUGACUGUAUGGUGGUAUCUAAUGGACAGGGUUUGUCCCAUAAGCAGUCUGGUAUUUUCUCAUUUCGUGAAAAACGAAACUUGGUGAUCUGCGCAGGCGCAGUGGGUGCAGCCCAGUAGAAUAUAAAUAGAGCAAAGUGAAGAGUUAUCAGUCCUGCCUUUAACGUCUAACAUCGUCUGAACAUUUUUCACUGAAGGUUUUUUUCCCGAAGAAAAUCCAGAUGAGAAAAGUACAGCGGCCGAUUGCUUUUCAGUGGGCUAUUCAUCCGAGAUGGAAGGUAAUAAAAGAAAACAGAAAAUGUAAGAAUGUGCUGAAGAAAGGAGAAAGAAAAUCAUGGCUGACGAACUCAAGCCGUCACCCAGUGAUUGGACUGAAUCCGAAGUUAGCACCUGGUUUAGAUCCCUUGGAGUGAAGGAGCCGUACAUAGAAAAGCUUUAUGAGGAAGAAGUAAAUGGACAAAUCCUUCUUACACUGGAUGAGGACUUUUUGAGGACAAAAAUUGUCAUGAAGUUAGGUCCUGCUCAUUUGAUAAUUCAAAAGAGAAAUGAGCUGAUCAACUCAAAGCAAAAACCUCAAGAAAAGAUUAAGCCAAACCCUGGUAAAAACACGGAGGACAAGCAAAACAUUAAUCAAAAAGCAGUUCAAGGUCAUCCAGAACAGACUUCUGUAAGAAAUACAGAGGACUCUGUCGAGAGACAAACUGCUCAGGAGCAAUGUGCCCUGACUUCGAAGGAAGACUGCAGACCAAGACCAUUCGAUCAAGAAGAGAUUGAUUUCCUAUAUGUCAAGAAUAGAGUCCUGCAACCUGAAUCGGGCGCUUUUAAUCUAACAUCUCCAUGCCAUGAAUUUAAGUCUUUAUCUAAAGCCUCUACAUUGGAUCGCACAAGACUACAAGCUAAAUUUGCCAAAGAGGUCCUUAAAUUUGCAACUGGCUGUAUGAAUAUCAGAACAAAUGGCACAAUACACUUUGGCGUAAUGGAUAGCAAGGAGGAUACAGGAUACGUGCAUGGUGAAAUAAUUGGUAUCGCUGUACAAGAGAAAGACAUUUAUGUGGAUGCUUUGGACUACAUUGAGAGGAGUAUCUCCUCUGACAAGGAGCAUGUACGCCAAUGUGUGCGGCCACCAAGGUUCAUUGAGGUUUUGGAUCGAGAAAGUACAGAGAUGAGGUAUGUGGUAGAAGUUGACAUUGUGCCUUCAAUAAGUAUUGUUAAGAACAAGGUGUAUGUAGUCCGUCUCCCAAACUUCAAAGAGUCAACCAACAAAGUAGAAUUUGAGAAAGAAGCAAUUCUGCGGAGGGUUGGUUCAAAAACAGAACCAGUGAAUGACAAAGACCAAAGUGAUUUUUACCAGCGAGUCCGAGAUCGGGAUGCUCAAAGAGAAGAGGCAGAACAAAAUCAGUUCCUCAGCGCCCCAGACUUCUGCCAAGAUCUCGGAAGGAAACUCAGAGUGCAAAUGACUAGUGGGAAGAAAUUCAUUGAAAAGGAAAAAUGGUUCAUAUUUGUCACAAACAAAUUCAGCCCAAAUGACCUUUGUCAUAUUGAUUGGCUGCUUAACAUGAACGUGUUCUGUGUGUUUGACUUUGACCCAGACUCAAAGACAUCAGGUCUUUGCAGUAAAUACCUUCAGCAUCACGCUGCAAACAUGCAUUCUCUGCAGAGCUAUAGGUUAUCUGGUGACAUGAGCAUCAAAGAAUUCACAAGCCACUUGCAUCUGUUUGACCAAACUAGCUGGAUCUUUUGUAACGGCAGGUCUGACUUCAAAGGAAAUGAAACUCCAUGUGAUGAGAUGACUUGGAUAAAGACAAAAAUGACUUUCCUGCGGGAAUCUGUGUCUUUGAUCUGUAAACAAAUCUUGCCAAAAGGGACGUUCCAGGUCAUUUUUCUUCUCACAUCACCAGUAGAGAAACCUCUCUUGCAUACAUUCUACGAGUUUUUCACAGACAUGGAAGGCCAUGAAGACAUCAUCUGCAUCUGUGAAUCAGAGAAAAACUUCCAGAAGUGGCAAAGCUUUGCAGAAGGGUCAUGUGGAACAGAAACUGUGAACAACUCCAGUGUCGUCGGGAUGAAGAUGAGUCACAUUGAUUCAACUCUCCAGCAAAUACAACCCUUAAACACACUUACCAGCAAACGCUUGCCAGUCUUUGUGAAAGGGACAUGUCUUCUUGAAACACUCAUAGAGGAACAGAUGUAUUCCCUGGAAAUUCUAACUGUUGAUCAUUGCAAUGAAACAAGCAAAGAAUUCAUUGAUGAAGAAAAAGCAGACAUUGAAGGGCUGUUUUACCGUGGUGGGAUAGUAAAGUGGUUGAAUUUCUGGCUUGCUGAACACAAGUACGUUGGAGAGGUUAUUGAAAGAGAUGCUUAUAAGGAUGUUUCCAAACUUCUCAAUGACGCUUUGAAACGAAAAUUAGAUCAGCCUCCGGUGAACAGUAUAAACAUCUACCAUCAUCCAGGGAGUGGUGGAAGCACUGUGGCCAGACAAGUACUUGGAACACCAGGAAAGAUCUAAGGUGUGCAGUUGUGAAGCCUUCAUAUGCAGCUGGUCUUGUUGCGCAACAUGCAGUUGAGCUAAGAGAAUAUGAAGAAAAAGAUCCACAGACAUGUCUUCCUGUGCUACUUCUAAUUGAAGACUCAGACAAAGAAUAUCUAGAUGAUCUUAGGAAUGAAUUUGAAGUUGCCACCAACAACAAGAGAAUCCAAUGUGGAACUCUAUGUUUCAUUUUGUUGAACUGCAGACGAUCCCAUGAUCCAGAGAUUA